GUAUACAGUCGCGCGCCCCUCCCUGACACACACACACUCUCUCUCCUCUCGCGCUCGCCUCCUCCCUCCCUCCCUGCCAUGUUAGCCGCUCUCUCUCUUUCUGUCUCAUCCCCAGAUCUCGCGAGAGCGGCCGGCUGCUGGUGGUGGCUGUGGAGGGGGUUGGAGCGGCGGCGGCGGCAGGAGCGGGAGAGGGAGAAGGAGCAGUAGCGGCGGCGGGAGGAGGAGGAGGCGGCGGCGGAGGCCGGGGGGCGCAGGCAGGCGGCGGCGGCGGCGGCGGGGCGUCAGGAGGCAACAUGGCGGACAGAGACAGCGGCAGCGAGCAGGGUGGCGGCGGCGGCGGGGCGCCGGGCUCAGGCCCGGGCGGGGGGCCUGGCAGCGGCAGCGGCGUGGGCCUGCAGCACGAGACGCAGGAGCUGGCCUCCAAGCGGGUGGACAUCCAGAACAAGCGCUUCUACCUGGACGUGAAGCAGAACGCCAAGGGCCGCUUCCUGAAGAUCGCGGAGGUGGGCGCGGGCGGGAGCAAGAGCCGGCUGACGCUCUCCAUGUCGGUGGCCGUGGAGUUCCGCGACUAUUUGGGCGACUUCAUCGAGCACUACGCGCAGCUGGGGCCCAGCCAGCCCCCCGAGCUGGCGCAGGCCGCGGACGAGCCCCGGCGGGCCCUCAAGAGCGAGUUCCUGGUCCGCGAGAACCGCAAGUACUACAUGGAUCUGAAGGAGAAUCAGCGCGGGCGGUUCCUGCGCAUCCGGCAGACGGUGAACCGCGGGCCCGGCCUGGGCUCCACGCAGGGCCAGACCAUCGCGCUCCCGGCCCAGGGCCUCAUCGAGUUCCGCGACGCCCUGGCCAAGCUCAUCGACGACUACGGCGUGGAGGAGGAGCCCGCCGAGCUGCCCGAGGGCACCUCCUUGACGGUGGACAACAAGCGCUUCUUCUUCGACGUGGGCUCCAAUAAGUACGGCGUCUUCAUGAGGGUCAGCGAGGUCAAGCCCACCUACCGCAACUCCAUCACCGUCCCGUACAAGGUGUGGGCCAAGUUCGGGCACACCUUCUGCAAGUACUCGGACGAGAUGAAGAAGAUCCAGGAGAAGCAGAGGGACAAGCGCGCCGCCGCCGCUGCCGCCGCCGCCUCCGCCUCGUCGUCGUCCGAGCCGCAGGCCGAGGCGGAAACCAGCAGCAGCCCCUCUUCCGCCGCCGCCGCCACAGGCCCGCCCGGAGCCCUGCUGCAGGCCGAGGAGCCUGAGGAGGAUUGAUCUCCCUGCCCUCCCAAGCCCUCCGAGCCCUCCUCUUCCUUGCUCCCUUCCUCUCCCUCCAAGCCCUCGCCCUCUUCUCCACUUGGCUGCCUCCUCCCUGCCCUGCUGCACAGAGACACUCGUAAUAAUAAUAAUGAUAACAACAACACCACAGAGAGAGACUUUAUACUGUAAGCGAGAGAGAGAGAGAACCCACACCACACACCGGAAACCGUACCUGCAGUUCCAAUAUUAUUAUAAUACCUGUUGUUCUGACUCCAAAAGGAGCACCGCACCAACCCACCACCAACCAACCCAAAAUUCUGACAGACAACCAAGCAAAGCGAGCAAAGCAAGCAACUUCUUUCUCUCCACCCCAUCGCUGGAUUGUUCCUUCCACUCUUGCCCAUCGUAUAAAACAACCUUUACCAGUAAAUAUCGGUUUAUUCCUGAAACCAGAAGCCCUAAACAUAUCUUUGAUUAUAAGAUCUUUCAGUACCAUCUAUCAGUGUCAUCUUUUGACCUUUUAUUUGCCAAAUCAGGUAACCUCCACAACCAGUGGAGAUGUGAAAUCAUGCACUACCACUCCUGUGUACUUCAUUUCAUUCCUAAAUGGUGUGCAUGUGUGCCUAGAGUUCUAUUUAUGUGGGGAAUCCUCACAUAUUGUCAGUUUAGGAUUCUGUGCACAUCUGCAUCAUUUACAGAUUAUAUUCAAUAGGCGAGGUCCUGCCAAAGGAGGCAUGAUCCUACUGCCUCACCAUAUGCUGUUUGUCCAAUUCUGUGAGUGGGCAAACAGGCCUUUCUCUAGUAUUCAUGUUAGCACAAAUCAAAUUUCAAUUCUCUGUAAAUUAGUUCUCUAGUAUUCUUGAAUCGUCGUUGUGUCUUAUCCCAACUGAAAACUACUUUUCCUCCCCUUAUGCAGCUUCCCCCUUUGUCGCCCUGGUUGUGCAAUGUAGUUGGCAGCAACUUUAAUACGAACAAUUGAUGCUGGCCCUUCUUUGAAGCAUUCAGAAGGUGUGAGGAGAACUUCUGUUGCCACUUUGGAACACAAAUGUGUACACUCAUCUAAAGGUCAAAGAUAAAUUGUCUUUAACACUGGUAAAUUACAAUAUAAUACAAGCAAUUGAAAUGGUCCAAAAUAUUAUAUUAUAUAGCCUUUCCUAUAUAAACCAUUUAUUUACAAUUUUAAAUUCAGAAAAACAAGAUUCUAUUGAUGGUGCAUAUCACUCUUGGUUUUUUACAGUUAAUAUUGUAAUUUUGUAAUAAUGUGAAUAUUUAAUUAAAUUGUUUAACAUGGACUAUAUAUGUAAAUUAAAUUUUACUCCAAGGUGCUCCACAUUUUAAUGCUGUGCUACAGUCAGUAUUAUUCCAGUACAAGGCUUUCUUCUUCCAAGGGAAAAGGUAGUUCAUUCUUUUCUCAUAAGGCCAAGUAAUACAUUUGUUUAAAGACAUGGAAUUUUGAAGCCACACUGCGCAAACUCUGUAGCUGCGCCAUUUCUUUAAAAACCAAAUGGCUGUUAAAACAGGGCUCUGUGAAAUUGUAUGUGGCAAAAAGGCCUUUUUUUAGAGUCCAUGCUAAGUCCUGGCAUAACAAAGUGCAUAUGCACAAGUGGAACCAUGCAUGGUUCCCUUCUGGUUUCUUCUCCCCUCCUUCAAGUAUGAAAUGAGGGCAAGAUUUAGCACUGUAACAAAGCUUCUCAUCAUGGAACUGGGACUUGUGCAGUUCCAAAGAAGCCAGAAUUUUAAAGCCAAUUCCAAAUCCUUGUUUAAAGGUAACCUGAUCCUGGCUUGUUUGGGAAUGCUUAACCAUAACUCUCAGUUUGUAUGUAAUGGAACUGAUGUCUGAGCAUGGAUUCUUUCUUUCACACUGGCAAAGGGGAGAAAUUAAAAGGGAGAAAACAGGUUGCCUGCAUUCACAUGCUGCUUUAUUAAGCCAGGAUUUGGGCAGCAUCUUAUAUGUUGACAUGGGCAGCAAAAUAACACGUAUAUAAGUAUUGGAUGAGAAAAGUAGUACAAAAUGAAUUAGAAAGAAAUAAUAAGCUUUUAUCUAAUUUCAAACAGAAGUUGAAAUGUUUUCUUUUUGGAACAGUCAAACAACAGGUAGUGAUGAUUAUCUUACGAUAUUCUUAUCAUCUAAGAUCUCCCAAAUCCUUCUAGUAGAAGAUCUUAUUUACAAUGAAUCUUGCACAGGUAUAGCACUUGUGAGUGAGGCUUUAGCACUCUGCACAAAUGAAAUAUUUCCAGUUUGCUUUCUAGUGCAUAAGAGCAAAGGAAGAAAGCAGCAAACCCUUUACUCACUAUUACAGUAGUUAAAUCGAAGGAUGCUUCUUAUAUGUUGUAAAUGGAUGACAAAGACUCUGUUGACUUCUCUGGAAACAGGUUUAGUUCCAAAAGUACUUUCUUUACAAGAUCAUAUACCUGCAUGCAUAAUCCCGUGAGUCCAAUAUUUUAUAAUUGCAGCCAGUAUUAAUAGUAUACAGAUAACAUCCUAAAAAGAAGGAAGAGAAGAUGGAAAAAUGUGACAACACUGAGUGCUACUGCAUCUGAAGAGUGGGUUUAUAUUCAUGAAAGCUCAUGCUAAAAUAAAAACCAGUUAGUCUUAAAGGUGUUGUCACAUUUUUCUCCCCCUCCCUUUCUCCUUUUAAUGCUACAGGAAACUUAACAGGGCUACUACUUUGAAUGAUAACAUCUUAGUAUUUUUAUGUAGGAUGCUAUUAAUUUUGUAAUCAUUUUUAAAACUGGCAGCAAGAAUAUGUUAACCAUUUCAAUACAAGGGCCAAUCACUAUAAGCCCAUUCUCCCUUCAGGCGCAUAUGCACAUAGAUCUCAGUGUGAGGAGACAUUAGUAGCAAUCAUAUGGAGAACAUGCAGCAAACCCUAGGAUCACAGCCAAUGGGGAAAGUGCAGCCAUGAUAAUAGUUUAUGCUAUUUGUUCUCCAUAUACGAUUGCAUGGGAGGAUUUCAUAGUGCAAACAAAAUCCUACAUCUUUUUUUUCCAGAUAUGAAGAUAAAACCUGUAGUAUGUUUUUCACAUGUGAGUUUUCUGAAAAGAACCGAAACAAAAAAUCUCUCAAGGAAAGAAUAGAAAUAUCUCUCAAGUCUCUGCAUAAUUUUUGUUGCUAGUUUAAUCUUUAGUAGAUGUGCCAGUAUCUCUUGGUGGUUAUGUUUUUUCUGUAACUUUUUUAAUUAUCAUAUAAGCAUAUACUGUAAAAGUACGCACUUAUUAGAAGAUUGGAAUGUUGAACAAGGCAAAAAUAUUUGUUUUAAUUUGUGUAAAUAACUACUAUUCUUUUGUUUCGAGAAACUUGGCUACCAUCUCACAACUGUUGUAUUUUGACAUAAUGGACAAUGUUCAGACAUUCUGUGGCUUAUGUAUUUGUGUAAUUGUUUGUAUGUAAUUACUAACUCUAAAUUGUAAGUAAGAAACAUGCUUGUUCCAUUUAUUCAGAGUAUUAUCUCUCCUGUCUAAAAAUAUUUUCAGUUAUAUGAGAAAAAGAAUUUAUUUAUUUUUUUAAGAUUGUCAUGCAAGAUCUGAUUUCUCUGCUUUUUAAAAAUACUGGGGUGUGGGUGGGUGAGGAUUUUAUCUAGUUUUCACUUGAUAGACCAAAGUUACCAUUGACACUGUCUUGCAAUGCUGAUCAAAAUUUAUCUCCUUUGCACUUUAAAUGAAUAAAACAUAAGGAAAAUCAAGGUGUCAAUUGCAUAUACAUUCACUAUAAAGUAGAAUGUAUAUCAUUAGUCAGUAUGUUUAUAAAGAGGGUAUUUUCCUUUGUUGCGGGAAGGGGAGUACUCUGGCAAUGUAUUUGCUAGUCAGUAUAAAGUGUUUACAUGUAAUUACUUAAUAAAUUAUUUGAUUUAA